UUCUGGGUUCUAAGUUCCACGCCGCUGCCCCGCUCCCGAGCUUUUGAUAAGGGAGGGGGAGGAGAAGACGACGGUUUCCUUGGAGACCGUUUCCUAGGCGACUCAAGGUGGCGCGGUCGAUUGCACAGGGUUAUGGACUUACUUGUGCCCCCGGCCGGGGACGGCUGGGCUUUCUGGAGCUUAUUUAGGAACUCACUGGAGCGAGUGGAUAGUUGACUGCUAUGGAGUCGCCAGAGGAGCCUGGAGCGUCCAUGGAUGAAAACUACUUUGUGAACUAUACUUUCAAAGACCGAUCUCACUCAGGCCGAGUGGCUCAGGGAAUUAUGAAACUGUGUUUAGAGGAGGAACUCUUUGCUGAUGUCACCAUUUCAGUGGAAGGCCGAGAGUUUCAGCUCCACCGGCUGGUCCUGUCAGCUCAGAGCUGCUUCUUCCGAUCCAUGUUCACGUCUAACCUGAAGGAGGCUCACAACCGAGUGAUUGUGCUACAAGAUGUCAGUGAGUCUGUUUUCCAGCUCCUGGUUGAUUAUAUAUACCAUGGGACUGUGAAACUUCGAGCUGAUGAGCUGCAGGAAAUUUAUGAGGUGUCAGACAUGUAUCAGCUGACAUCUCUCUUUGAGGAAUGUUCUCGGUUUUUGGCACGCACAGUACAAGUGGGAAACUGCCUUCAGGUGAUGUGGCUUGCAGACAGGCACAGUGAUCCUGAGCUCUACACUGCUGCCAAGCACUGUGCCAAGACCCACCUGGCCCAGCUGCAGAGCACAGAGGAGUUUCUCCACUUGCCUCAGCAUUUGCUCACUGAUAUCAUCUCAGAUGGGGUUCCGUGCUCCCAGAACCCAACCGAGGCAAUAGAAGCCUGGAUCAAUUUCAAUAAAGAAGAAAGAGAGGCUUUUGCAGAGUCACUCAGGAGUAGCUUGAAGGAAAUUGGGGAGAAUGUGCACAUUUACCUUAUCGGGAAAGAGUCAUCUCGCACCCAUUCGUUGGCCGUGUCCUUGCACUGUGCAGAAGAUGACUCCAUCAGUGUAAGUGGCCAAAACAGCUUAUGCCACCAAAUCACUGCAGCCUGCAAGCAUGGUGGAGACUUGUAUGUAGUGGGAGGGUCUAUCCCACGACGCAUGUGGAAAUGCAACAAUGCCACCAUUGACUGGGAGUGGUGCGCUCCUUUGCCCCGGGACCGCCUCCAGCAUACUCUGGUAUCUGUGCCUGGGAAAGAUGCCAUAUAUUCACUGGGUGGCAAGACACUUCAGGAUACCCUCUCCAAUGCAGUCAUCUACUAUCGGGUAGGUGAUAAUGUGUGGACAGAAACAACUCAAUUAGAGGUGGCUGUAUCUGGGGCUGCUGGUGCCAACCUCAAUGGAAUCAUCUACUUACUAGGGGGCGAAGAGAAUGAUCUAGACUUCUUUACCAAACCUUCCCGACUUAUCCAGUGCUUUGACACAGAGACUGACAAGUGCCACGUGAAGCCCUAUGUAUUGCCCUUUGCAGGCCGCAUGCAUGCAGCUGUACAUAAAGAUCUGGUGUUCAUUGUAGCUGAGGGGGACUCUCUGGUGUGCUAUAAUCCCCUUCUAGACAGUUUCACUCGGCUCUGUCUUCCCGAGGCCUGGAGCUCUGCCCCAUCCCUCUGGAAGAUUGCUAGCUGUAAUGGAAGCAUCUACGUCUUCAGGGAUCGAUAUAAGAAGGGAGAUGCCAACACCUAUAAGCUAGACCCUGCUACUUCAGCUGUAACUGUCACAAGAGGCAUUAAGGUGCUGCUUACCAAUUUGCAGUUUGUGUUGGCCUGAGAUAGUAAUGGGAGCAACAGCUGAGUCCUUUGCCCUCCCCUCUUCUGUGCAUCCCCAGUCAAAUCUGAAAUUCCCCCAGUUCAGAGUAAUGUGUUAGUUUGGUAUAGAUGAGGAAGGCAGAGCCUCAGCCCAUCCCCAGGCUCAUGUGGGGCUCUGUUUAGCUAAGGCUUUUCGCACUACAGCUGUUCAGGUGGUUGCUUCAACUCUGCCAUGAUCCCCUCUGAUCCCGUGCCUCACUUCAGACUGCUUAGAGUCAGCCUUUUUUCAGACUUCGGCAUAACCUCCCCUUAUCAGAUCAGUGUUAAUAGAAGCGCCUUGGUUCCUAUGCAGGAAGAAAGAGGCCCAUUCCUGUUUGUCUACAGCCAUCAAAGUGACUAGCUGUCACUUUUCCACAAAGAAUUAAGUAUUGAGAGUUUUCUUUCAGGAUUUGGAGGGGAUAAUGGAUUAAGCUAAAAAUGUACUUCACCAGCAAGAAGCAACUCUAGAAUUCAGGACGCUCCUUCUAAUGUUUUCUCAUCUGUCAGGAAGGAAACUUUGGUUUGAUUUUUGGCUUAUAGAAACAGAUAAGCCAGAAAGUAGAAACAGUUAUUUCUGAUUAAUAGCAGAAACUGUUUUCCAAACUCAAAUAUAAGCUAUCUCUGGUCUUUUAAAAGCUCCAAGCUAAAUCAAGAGUUAGGAACUGUUCAUACAAAUAAAAGUUUUUGAAGUGA